AUGUGCGUCCUCUGCUCAGCCUACCCGCGCAUCCUCUGCUCAGCCUGCCCGCGCAUCCUCUGCUCAGCCUGCCCGCGCCCUGCCCGCGCGUCCUCUGAUUAUCCUGCCCGCGCGUCCUCUGAUUAUCCUGCCCGCACGUCCUCUGAUUAUCCUGCCCACGAGUCCUCUGAUUAUCCUGCCUGCGCAUCCUCUGAUUAUCCUGCUUGCCCCCAGCCCAUCCGCCCUGUGGACGUUGGUCCUCAUGCCUCCCCAUGCUUCCCAGGCACCUACGUGACCAGGGCGGAGGCCAUGGACGCUGACGACCCCGAGACAGACAACGCAGCGCUGCGGUUCUCCAUCCUGCACCAGGCCAGCCCCGAGCUCUUCAGUAUCGACGAGCUCACAGGGGAGAUCCGCACGGUACAAGUGGGGCUGGACCGCGAGGUGGUUGCGGUGUACAAUCUAACCCUGCAGGUGGCGGACAUGUCUGGAGACGGCCUCACAGCCACUGCCUCCGCCAUCAUCACCCUCGAUGACAUCAAUGACAAUGCCCCUGAGUUCACCAGGAACGAGUUCUUCAUGGAGGCCACAGAAGCCAUCAGCGGAGUGGAUGUAGGGCGGCUAGAGGUGGAGGACAGGGACCUGCCAGGCUCCCCCAACUGGGUGGCCAGGUUCACCAUCCUGGAAGGCGACCCUGAUGGGCAGUUCACCAUCCGCACAGACCCCAAGACCAACGAGGGUGUGCUGUCCAUUGUGAAGGCCCUGGACUAUGAGAGCUGUGAACACCACGAACUCAAAGUGUCAGUGGAGAAUGAGGCCCCACUCCAGGCAGCUGCCCCCAGGGCCAAAUGGGGCCAGGCCAGGGUUUGAGUGCGUGUACAGGACACCAACGAGGCCUCCGUGUUCCAGGAGAACCCACUUCGGACCAGCCUAGCAGAGGGGGCACCCCCAGGCACUCUGGUGGCCAUCUUCUCUGCCCGGGACCCUGACACAGAGCAGCUGCAGAGGCUUAGCUACUCCAAGGACUAUGACCCAGAAGACUGGCUGCAAGUGGACCCAGCCACUGGCCGGAUCCAGACCCAGCGGGUGCUCAGCCCGGCGUCCCCCUUCCUCAAGGGUGGCUGGUACAGAGCCAUCGUCCUGGCCCAGGAUGACGCCUCUCCGCCCCGCACCGCCACUGGGACGCUGUCCGUGGAGAUCCUGGAGGUGAACGACCACGCCCCCGUGUUGUCCUUGCCGCUGCUGGGCAGGCUGUGCAGUGAGCCCCACCAGGGCCCCGGCCUCCUCCUGGGCGCCACGGAUGAGGACCUGCCCCCCCACGGGGCCCCCUUCCACUUCCAGCUGAGCCCCAGGCUCCCAGAACUCAGCCGGAACUGGAGCCUCAGCCAGGUCAACGUGAGCCACGCGCGCCUGCGGCCGCGACACCAGGUACCCGAAGGCCUGCACCGCCUCAGCCUGCUGCUCCGGGACUCCGGGCAGCCGCCCCAGCAGCGCGAGCAGCCGCUGAACGUGACUGUUUGCCGCUGCAGCCAGGAUGGCGUCUGCCUGCCGGGGGCCGCCGCGCUGCGGGCAGGGGGCGCGGGCGUCAGCCUGGGCGCGCUGGUCAUCGUGCUGGCCAGCGUCCUCCUGCUGCUGCUGCUAGUCCUGCUUGUGGCGCUCCGGGCACGGUUCCAGAAGCAGUCUCGGGGCAAGGGGCUUCUGGGGAGCCCCCAGGACGACCUUCGAGACAAUGUCCUCAACUACGAUGAACAGGGAGGAGGGGAAGAAGACCAGGAUGCCUACGACAUCAGCCAGCUGCGUCACCCGACAGCACUGAGCCUGCCUCUGGGGCCGCCGCCACUUCGCAGAGAUGCCCCACAGGGCCGCCUGCACCCCCAGCCACUCCGAGCUCUGCCCACCAGCCCCCUGGACAUCGCUGACUUCAUCAGUGAUGGCUUGGAGGCUGCGGACAGUGACCCCAGCGUGCCGCCUUAUGACACAGCCCUCAUCUAUGACUACGAGGGCGAGGGCUCUGUGGCAGGGACGCUGAGCUCCAUCCUGUCCAGCCAGGGUGAUGAGGAUCAGGACUACGACUACCUCAGGGACUGGGGGCCCCGUUUCGCCCGGCUGGCAGACAUGUACGGGUACCCGUAAGGGUUGGAGCCAGGAACCAGAUGGGACCACCGGGCCAGAGACAGUCUUUCUCUAGGGGCACCUCCACCCAGAGACAGAGGGUGGACAGCCUGACCCUGGGGCGCAACUGGACACAUCACUCCCAGGCCACCUGGCAGUGAUGGCCCCUGCAGAGACAGCCUGAGGUCACUGGGCCUGACCCCAAGUGCCUGGAGCAGCCUCGUUCCUGGAGGGGAGGACCCAAGUCUUGGGCAGAACCCAAGUGUGGAGGGGCAGCCAGGAAGAGGCUCCUUCCUGCCGGGGUGGGAAGAGCUUCUCUCCGUCAGCCCCACGGGGGUCGCCUCCCACCAGUGGACUUCAUCUUUGUAUGAAAGACGGCAGCCUCCCGGGUAAAUCUGAAUGA